GAACAAGUUUCAAGCCCUCCUCCCCUCUUCCUACCAUUAGCAGAAGAGAAGAAGACAGAGGCUCUGCGCAGAGCAGCAGCAACAGCUGAGCGCGAUCGAUCGAGAGAGAGAGACAGACACGAUGAGCGGCGGCGGUCAGGACCUGCAUCUGCCGCCGGGGUUCCGGUUCCACCCGACGGACGAGGAGCUGGUGAUGCACUACCUCUGCCGCCGGUGCGCUGGGCUCCCCAUCGCCGUCCCCAUCGUCGCCGAGAUCGACCUCUACAAGUUCGACCCAUGGCAGCUCCCCAGAAUGGCACAGUACGGCGAGAAGGAGUGGUACUUCUUCUCCCCGCGGGACCGCAAGUACCCGAACGGGUCGCGGCCGAACCGCGCCGCCGGGUCCGGGUACUGGAAGGCCACCGGCGCCGACAAGCCCGUGGGCACGCCCAAGCCCCUCGCCAUCAAGAAGGCGCUCGUCUUCUACGCCGGCAAGGCGCCCAAGGGCGAGAAGACCAACUGGAUCAUGCACGAGUACCGCCUCGCCGACGUCGACCGCUCCGCCCGCAAGAAGAACAGCCUCAGGCUGGAUGACUGGGUCCUGUGCCGCAUCUACAAGAAGAAGGGCGGGCUGGAGAAGCCGCCGGUGGGCGCCGGCGACCGCAAGCCGGCGCUCGCCGCGGCGGCGGGCUCCCCGCCGGAGCAGAAGCCGUUCGUGGCGGCGCCGGGCGGGCUGCCCCCCGCGUUCGCGGACCUGGCGGCGUACUACGACCGGCCGUCGGACUCGAUGCCGCGGCUGCACGCGGACUCGAGCUGCUCGGAGCAGGUGCUGUCCCCGGAGCAGCAGUUCGCCUGCGACCGGGAGGUGCAGAGCCAGCCCAAGAUCAGCGAGUGGGAGCGCACCUUCUCCUCCGACCCCGUGAACCCCGCCGGCUCCAUGCUCGACCCCGGCGCCGGCGACCCGCUGCUGCAGGACAUCCUCAUGUACUGGGGCAAGCCGUUCUAGAGGUCACGUACGCGCGCGAACCAAGGGAACGGCAGAGCGUUGCGCAGCCCCAUCCUGGGGUGCGGUUGGUUGGCCUGCCUCUCUCUCGGCGGCGCAACCGCCGCGGCGUGGGCUUGACUCAGGCGAGCCGCCAUAGCUGACUAGUACUAAGAGCUUUAAAAAAUGGAUGGAUUGGACGGAGAUGUCAUCGUCAUCAUCUCAUCAUAAACUAAAACAAGAUGAUGGACUGGGAUUCGAGGCGGCAAUGAGACCCGUGUGGCCCCGCCGGGAGCUAGGGAGAUCGCGAUAUUGCAUUGGUGGUCGAUCCGAUCGUGCGUGGCAUGUGUGUGUGUACUUGUACAUAUACAUACAUGGUUGGUUGAUUCGGUGCAGGGUUUCUGUUCCUUCAUUGGUUAAUUAGUUAUACUAGUACUAGUAUACUGUAUGUAAGGGCUUUGUAGCGCAUUGGUCUGGUCCAGUGGUAGCUCCAGUGUAAGCCAUUAGUCAAUUGAAAGGGUCAUAAGGAAAAGCCCUCCAUAUUACUAUAGUACAUGUUGCCAUGCAUUGGAUCUUUCUCAAAGGACACCCUUAUAAAAAUGGAGAAAAUCGAGUUGCAUUGCACUGUUUUUUUA